CUCCUCUCUAACUAUUUUUUUCUUUCUCUCUCAAAUAUUUUCCCGGGAAACCAUAUUUUCUCGAGAAAAUUAAAUGGAUAAGUUUCAAUCCAAAUUCACGAGAUUCGGAUUCAUCUCGAUUUGUUUCGGAUCGAUCGCACUUGUAUUAUUGAUCUCUCAUUGUUCAACUUCUUUCUUUGAUUACUCUUUUCAGAAAUUCAAAUUCUCGUUCCCAGAAGAAACUGAGCUUCGAAGAAACGUUUACACUAGUAGUUCCGGUGAAGAAAACAGAGUCGUCGUUGAUUCUCGUCAUGUUUCUCAACAGAUCCUCACUGUCCGAUCUACUAACUCCACUUUACAGAGUAAACCGGAAAAACUAAACCGGAGAAAUUUGGUGGAACAAGGAUUAGCGAAAGCAAGAGCAUCGAUUUUAGAAGCUUCUUCGAAUGUUAACACUACAUUGUUCAAAUCUGAUCUUCCAAACUCAGAAAUUUAUCGUAAUCCAUCAGCUUUAUAUCGGAGUUACUUAGAAAUGGAGAAGAGGUUUAAGGUGUAUGUAUACGAAGAAGGCGAGCCACCGCUAGUUCACGAUGGACCGUGUAAGAGUGUUUACGCGGUUGAAGGGAGAUUCAUAACUGAGAUGGAGAAAAGAAGGACUAAGUUUCGUACUUAUGAUCCUAACCAAGCUUAUGUUUACUUCUUGCCAUUUAGUGUUACUUGGCUGGUUCGAUACUUAUACGAAGGCAAUUCUGAUGCUAAGCCUUUGAAAACAUUUGUUUCCGAUUAUAUCAGAUUAGUAUCUACUAAUCAUCCUUUUUGGAAUCGAACUAAUGGUGCUGAUCACUUCAUGCUUACUUGUCACGAUUGGGGACCUCUGACUUCACAAGCUAAUAGAGAUUUGUUCAACACUUCGAUUCGAGUUAUGUGUAAUGCUAAUUCAUCAGAAGGGUUUAAUCCUACUAAAGAUGUGACUCUUCCUGAGAUCAAACUCUAUGGUGGUGAAGUUGAUCACAAACUCAGGUUAUCUAAAACCUUAUCCGCUUCUCCGCGGCCUUACCUCGGGUUCUUCGCAGGCGGUGUCCACGGUCCGGUUAGACCGAUUCUUUUAAAACACUGGAAACAGCGUGACCUGGAUAUGCCUGUUUAUGAAUACCUUCCUAAACACUUAAACUACUAUGAUUUCAUGAGAAGUUCAAAGUUCUGUUUUUGUCCCAGUGGGUAUGAGGUAGCUAGUCCUCGAGUCAUCGAAGCCAUCUACUCUGAGUGUAUCCCCGUCAUUCUCUCGGUUAACUUCGUGUUACCAUUCACUGAUGUUCUUCGUUGGGAGACUUUCUCUGUACUGGUCGACGUUUCAGAGAUUCCGAGGUUGAAGGAGAUUCUCAUGUCGAUCUCCAAUGAGAAAUAUGAAUGGCUUAAAAGUAACUUGAGGUAUGUGAGGAGACAUUUCGAGCUUAACGAUCCUCCUCAGAGAUUUGAUGCAUUUCACUUGACUCUUCAUUCCAUUUGGUUACGUAGACUUAACUUGAAGCUUACGUAAGGUAAAGUUCUGUUAGAUUUUGUAACUCAUAUCUCAGAAAUGUAGUAAACCUUAAAAGUCUAGAUAGAUUUGUUGUUAUUAGUUAAUGAAUAAAGAAUUGUUGCAACUUUCUAAGAAAUAUAGAUGAUCUA